GGACAGUUCAACGCUUUUGAUCCUCCUCCACUUAACAGUCCCCAGGGCUUCUCUCCUCCCUGUCGCGACUGUACAUCUUCUCAGCUCUCCUGAGUUCUUGGUUUUCCUUUUCUGUAUUCCUCUCUGUAAAAUCAAGUCACCAUGGUUAACUUCACCGUAGACCAGAUUCGUGGCCUUAUGGACCGGCCCACCAACAUUCGUAACAUGAGUGUCAUCGCUCACGUCGAUCACGGAAAAUCUACACUGACCGAUUCGCUGGUUUCGAAGGCUGGUAUCAUUGCUAGCGCAAAAGCUGGUGAUGUGCGAUUCACUGACACAAGAGAAGACGAAAAAGAACGUGGUAUCACCAUCAAAUCAACAGCCAUCUCCAUGUACUUCGAGGUCCAGAAGGAAGAAGUCGAUGCAAUUAAGCAAAAGACAGUCGGAAAUGAAUUCUUGAUCAACUUGAUCGACUCUCCCGGCCAUGUCGACUUCUCCUCCGAAGUCACUGCUGCCCUCCGUGUCACCGAUGGUGCCCUCGUCGUUGUUGACUGUGUUGAAGGUGUUUGUGUACAAACAGAAACCGUCCUUCGUCAAGCUCUGACGGAACGUAUCAAACCCGUCGUCAUCAUCAAUAAGGUCGACCGUGCCUUGCUCGAAUUGCAGGUCAACAAGGAAGCCCUUUACCAAUCCUUCCAGCGUACCAUUGAGAGUGUGAAUGUUAUCGUUUCCACUUACCAUGACCCUGCCCUCGGUGACGUCCAGGUUUACCCUGACAAGGGUACCGUCGCUUUCGGUUCUGGUCUCCACGGAUGGGCCUUCUCCUUGCGUCAAUUCGCCUCCCGAUAUGCGAAGAAGUUCGGUGUUGACAAGGAAAAGAUGAUGGACAAACUGUGGGGAGACAAUUUCUUCAACCCUGCCACUCGCAAAUGGUCUACCAAGAGCACAGAUGCUGAUGGCAAGCCUCUAGAACGUGCCUUCAACACGUUCGUUCUUGACCCCAUCUUCAAAAUUUUCGAUGCCGUUAUGAACUACAAGAAGGACGCCAUCGGCCCCAUGCUCGAGAAGCUUGAAAUUAAGCUUGCUCAGGAUGAGCGCGACCUUGAAGGAAAGGCCCUGCUUAAGGUCGUUAUGCGUAAAUUCUUGCCCGCCGGUGACUCCCUCUUGGAAAUGAUUGUUAUCAACCUCCCCUCUCCGGCCACUGCUCAAAAAUACCGUGUCGAGACCCUCUACGAAGGUCCUAUGGAUGACGAGUCCGCCAUCGGUAUUCGUGACUGUGACCCCAAAGGCCCGCUCGUUCUUUACAUCUCCAAGAUGGUACCGACUUCAGAUAAAGGUCGUUUCUACGCCUUCGGUCGUGUCUUCUCUGGUACUGUUCGUUCCGGACCCAAAAUUCGUAUUCAGGGUCCCAACUACAUUCCCGGAAAGAAAGAUGACCUCUUCGUCAAGUCUAUCCAGCGUACCGUGCUCAUGAUGGGUCGUUACAUUGAGCCCAUCGAGGACUGCCCCGCUGGUAACAUUGUUGGUCUCGUCGGUAUCGAUCAAUUCUUGUUGAAGAGCGGUACUCUCACCACCUCGGAAACCGCGCACAACAUGAGGGUCAUGAGGUUCUCCGUCUCUCCCGUCGUGCAGGUCGCCGUUGAAGUCAAGAACGCUGCCGAUCUUCCCAAGCUCGUCGAAGGUCUUAAGCGUCUCUCCAAGUCCGACCCUUGUGUCCAGACAUCGAUGUCGGAUACUGGUGAGCACAUUGUCGCUGGUGCCGGUGAGCUUCACUUGGAAAUUUGCUUGAAGGACCUCCAAGACGAUCACGCUGGUGUUCCCCUCAAGAUCUCCGACCCAGUUGUUCCCUACCGUGAGACCGUCAAAGCGGAGUCUUCGAUUGUCGCUCUCUCGAAAUCGCAGAACAAGCAUAAUCGUCUCUACGCCAAGGCUAUGCCUCUUGAAGAUGAACUCGCCAAGGCCAUUGAGGAGGGCAAGGUUAACGCUCGUGACGAUUUCAAGGCUCGUGCGCGUAUCCUCGCCGAUGAGUUCGGAUGGGAUGUCACUGACGCCAGGAAAAUUUGGUGUUUCGGUCCUGACACUACGGGUCCCAAUCUGUUGGUCGAUGUUACAAAGGGUGUUCAGUACUUGAACGAGAUCAAGGAUUCUUGCGUUGCUGCAUUCCAGUGGGCUACUAAGGAAGGUGUCUGCGCUGAAGAGAAUAUGCGUAGUGUUCGCAUCAAUGUCCUCGAUGUUACUCUGCACGCUGAUGCCAUUCACCGUGGUGGAGGGCAGAUCAUUCCUACAUGCCGUCGUGUUUGCUACGCUGCUUGCUUGCUUGCCACCCCUGGUCUCCAGGAACCUAUCUUCUUGGUCGAGAUUCAGUGUCCCGAAAACGCCAUCGGUGGUAUCUACUCUUGCUUGAACAAACGUCGUGGACAAGUUUUCUCUGAGGAGCAGAGGCCCGGAACACCCAUGUUCACUGUCAAGGCCUACCUCCCUGUCUCUGAAUCUUUCGGCUUCAACGGUGAACUCCGAUCACAUACUGCCGGACAGGCCUUCCCUCAAUGUGUUUUCAACCACUGGGAGUUGGUGCCUGGAUCUCCUCUUGACAAGGGCAGUAAGAUUGAGGAAGUCGUCACCAAAAUCCGUACUCGUAAGGGUCUCAAGCCUGAGAUUCCUUCUCUUGAUACCUACUAUGACAAGCUGUAGAUUUCUUUCACGCUUCGGUUGGAGUUAUCAACGUGAGAAGCUAAAUGUGCCAUCAAGGUGUAGUAAUGUUACAACAAGAAGUCCGUACUUUUUUUCUCUGUCACGAAUAUAUUUCGUAGCCUACCUUAUUGAGAGGCUGUGACGUCUUGACCAGUAUUCAAACCUCAAACUUGACUGUUCAACCGA